GGUCAUGUGAAAUUGUGAACCGAACACAUUUUUGGUAGGUGGUGAAACUGGAAAACACGAGUGUAUGAGACAUAGCCACGCUUCCCCUUCCCAAAACUACACACCAAUUCAAUUCAUAUAUGAAUGUAUGAGUAGCAGAGAGAGAAAAAAGAGAGAGUGUGUGUGUUAGGUUUUGGUGUUGAAUGUUGAAAAUGGGUAUUAAUGGGAAUUCAGAUUCAGAGGCAGCAGCGAUUGAGAUAAAGAAUCUUCGAUUUACAUACCCUGGCAUCGACGGCCAUCCUCCGCCGGGUUCCACUCCUCUCAUUCAAGAUUUCUCUCUCACUCUCAAUUCCGGCUAUCGCUGUCUUCUCGUUGGAUCCAAUGGCGCUGGCAAGACCACCAUACUCAAGAUACUAGGAGGGAAACACAUGGUGGAGCCAGAAAUGGUUCGUGUGCUCGGAAGAUCAGCUUUUCAUGACACCACUUUAGCAUCUUCUGGUGAUCUCUGUUAUCUUGGUGGUGAGUGGAGGCGAGAUGUUGCUUUUGCAGGUUUUGAUGUUCCAAUACAAAUGGACAUUUCUGCAGAAAAAAUGAUAUUUGGCGUAGGUGGGAUUGAUCCAGAAAGAAGAGCAGAGCUAAUCAAGGUACUAGAUAUCAAUCUUUCCUGGAGAUUGCAUAAAGUAUCAGAUGGUCAAAGAAGAAGAGUGCAAAUUUGUAUGGGUCUCCUCAGACCAUUCAAGGUUCUUCUUCUCGAUGAGAUAACAGUUGACCUUGAUGUUCUAGCAAGAGCUGACCUGCUGAGGUUUCUAAGAAAGGAAUGUGAAGAAAGGGGGGCCACUAUUAUCUAUGCAACACAUAUAUUCGACGGUCUUGAGGAUUGGCCAACACAUAUUGUUUAUGUAGCCCAUGGAAAGCUACAACUAGCAAUGCCUAUGGACAAAGUCAGAGAACUUAGCAAACUAUCUCUAAUGAGAACAAUAGAAAGUUGGCUGCGGAAAGAACGCGAUGAAGAUAGAAAGAAAAGGAAAGAGAGGAAGGCAGCUGGUCUUCCUGAAUUUGCAGAGCAAGUUGAUGGAAGCCGUGUAACAGGAGAUCCAGCACGUGCUGCUGUUCGAGUAGUUAAUAAUGGCUGGGCAGCAGGACGAUUACAUUCCACCAUUGCUGGUGAGGAAAACUUUCUCCUCAGCGCCAACCGAGUAUUGAGGCAGUAGAUAAAACUUCAAAUUCUAAUAUCGGUUUUGCUUUAUAUUUUUAUAAAUUUCAAAAUAAAAUUUGUUUGCCAAUGCUAUCUGGCAUAUAUAAUCCUUUCUUAUAUAUAUAGGAUCACCGAUAAAACCUAAAUGUAUUUGCCCAUGAAAGUUUAUAAUACUUACUUCAAAGCCUCAUAUUACUUUGUAUUGCAAAUUUUGACCGGUAUUAGAGGACAGAGAGAGCGAUA